CAGGCGGGCUGCCCCUGUGCGAGGCGCCAGCUGGCUGCAGCCGCGGCGGGGGCCGGGCAGGGAGCGGGGGGCGGGGUCGGCAGCUUCCCCAGCUAGGGCUGCGGGCUGCCGGCGCGGCGCGCUGAGUCUGCGCGCAGCCGCGGGAGGAGCCGGAGCCGGAGCCGGAGCCCAACUUUGCCGGGGACUCUGCCCUGCCGGGCUCAGUAAGUUACGUUUUCAUCCUCCCUGGAAAUGCUGGGGAGAUGCUUUCCUCACCUGUUGAAGUAAAGAACUGAGAGGAAGUCCCCAAAUCAGUUAUGGAGAAUUCAGUUCACUGUGGCCAGGGAAGAGGAUUCUUUCUUACUCUUUACUAUCAGGGAUCCUAACUUCUGCCUUAUUUUCCCCACCGGUGUUCCCUUUUAAAGUAGCAAGCUGAAAUGGAUUCAGAUCCUGAUCCUUCCUCAAGUCCUUCUCACCCACAGCCACAGCAAGGAAGGUCUCAGCUAAAUGCAGCUGCUACUGUGGGCCAUAGUGAGAGUAAUCAGAAACCUGGUUCACCUUCAGGAGAUUCAUUGUCCUCUGCAACUUUUUCCCCAUCAGCUACCAGCCAUUCUAACAGCAGGGACAGAGCUGAAAGAAGUGAAGCCAUGAAAGAAGAACCUGAAGUACUCUUUGAGGAUCAGCUUGAAAAGGCCAAAGCUGGAGAACCAAAGGCCCAGACAGAGAUGGGAAAACACUACCUGAAAUUGGCAGAAGAACAGGAUGAAGAGCUCAACAACUGUAGUGCUGUUGACUGGCUGAUUCUUGCUGCUAAGCAAGGUCGAAGGGAAGCUGUCAAACUGUUGCGGAGAUGCUUAGCAGACAGAAGAGGCAUCACUUCUGAGAAUGAGCAAGAAGUGAAGAAAUUAUCAUCUGAGACUGAUCUGGAGAGAGCUGUGAGAAAAGCUGCCUUAGUUAUGUAUUGGAAAUUAAAUCCGAAGAAGAAGAAGCAGUUAGCAGUUUCUGAACUGCUGGAGAAUGUUGGGCAAGUUGACAAUGAAGCAGAUGGUGAAAAACAACCUGGCCCAGUUCCAAAGUCUGUACAGAAGCAAAGAAGAAUGCUGGAACGAUUAGUAAGCAGUGAAUCUAAGAACUAUAUCGCUUUGGAUGAUUUUGUUGAAAUAACCAAGAAGUAUGCAAAGGGAAUCAUCCCAACUAACCUGUUUGUGCAGGAGGAUGAUGAUGAUGAAUUGGCUGGAAAGAGUCCUGAGGAACUACCACUGCGACUAAAGGUUGUAAAAUAUCCACUUCAUGCUAUUAUGGAAAUUAAAGAGUACCUUAUAGAUAUUGCAUCUAAGGCAGGAAUGCAUUGGCUGUCUACUAUUAUUCCAACACACCACAUCAAUGCCCUCAUCUUCUUCUUCAUCAUCAGUAAUCUGACAAUCGAUUUUUUUGCCUUCUUUAUCCCAUUAGUCAUCUUCUAUCUGUCCUUCAUUUCCAUGGUGAUUUGCACACUGAAAGUCUUUCAAGACAGUAAGGCCUGGGAAAACUUCCGCACCCUGACUGACUUACUGCUUCGUUUCGAGCCAAAUCUAGAUGUUGAGCAAGCAGAAGUGAACUUUGGGUGGAAUCAUUUAGAGCCAUACGUUUACUUUUUGCUCUCAGUUUUCUUUGUCAUUUUUUCUUUCCCUAUAACAAGCAAAGACUUCAUACCAUGCUCAGAGUUGGCUACCAUCUCUGUUUUCUUCACAGUGACAAGUUAUAUGAGUUUAAGCACUUGUGCAGAACCCUACACGCGAAGAGCUUUAAUGACUGAGGUGGCUGCUGGCUCCCUCUCCCUAUUGCAGAUACUACCUAUAAAUUUGGGCUAUUUGAAAUUCUUAGGUAAAACCUUCUUUACUCUUCCGAUAGGCCACUUCUUCAUACUAAAUGUGAGCAUCCCUUGUCUUCUGUUCCUGUACUUGUUCUAUCUCUUCUUUAGAAUGGCACAACUGCGGAAUUUUAAAGGCACCUACUGUUACCUGGUUCCCUACCUGGUGUGUUUCAUGUGGUGUGAACUCUCAGUGGUUAUUCUGCAAGAGUCCUCCUGCAUUGGUCUCAUUCGUGCAUCAGUUGGCUAUUUUCUGUUUCUCUUUGCUCUCCCAGUUCUAAUUGUAGGCAUUGCACUCAUGUGUCUUGUGCAUUUCAUAAAGUGGUUCAUAUCUUUGGAGCUCAUGAAAAUUGUGGUGACUCUUGUGUUGUGUGGUAUUCCUUUGUUUUUACGAUGGUGGACAAAAACUAAUUUCUCCAUGGUUGAAAUGAUAAAAUCCCUAACCAGGAGUUCUAUUGUGAAACUCAUUUUGGUGUGGAUUACAGCUGUAGUGUUGUUCUGUUGGUUCUAUGUGUACCGAUCAGAGGGAAUGAAAGUCUACAACUCUACCUUGACAUGGAAUCAGUAUGGCUUCGCCUGUGGACCCCGGUCAUGGAAGGAGACUAACAUGGCACGCACCCAAAUUAUAUGUAGUCAUCUGGAAGGACACAGAGUUACAUGGACUGGGCGGUUCAAAUAUGUCAGGGUUACAGAAAUUGACAAUAGUGCAGAAUCUGCAAUAAACAUGCUUCCGCUUUUUAUUGGUGAUUGGAUUAGAUGUUUGUAUGGUGAAACCUACCCUGUGUGUGACCCAAAAAAUGUUACCAUGGAGGAGGAGGAGCUGUGUCGUCUCAAGUAUCUGACAAAGCAUGACUGUCACAUGAAAAAGUUUGAUCGAUACAAAUUCGAAUUAACUGUGGGCAUGCCUUUCAAUGGCAAAAAUGGAACUAAAGCUGUAGAGGAGGAGGAUAUAACCAAAGAUAUUGUGCUGAAGGCAAGCAACGAGUUUAAGAAAGUGUUGUUGAACUUGAGGCAAGGAAGUAUAAUUGAAUUCAGCACAAUUCUGGAGGGUCGUCUUGGCAGCAAGUGGCCUGUCUUUGAACUGAAAGCAAUCACUUGCUUAAAUUGCAUGUCUAAACUUACACCCGCAGGAAGGCAUGUGAAAAUAGAGCAUGACUGGAGAAGCACAGUGCAAAAAGCCAUUAAAUUUGCUUUUGAUUUUUUCUUUUCUCCAUUCCUGUCAGUUGCAUAUUGAGCUCAUAUACUGGUUCAAUGGUAUCUUCAAUGUAUACUGCAUUAACACUACCAAAGGUUGGCUUCUUAACAAAACCUGCUGUAGCAAUGUUCAAAAUGUAUGCUAUUCCAGAGUAUUGGUUGAGUUUUGUAGGUGUAAACACUGUACCCAGUCCUUGUAUCCCGUAGGAUUGAGGUUAUAAAUUCUAUUUAAGUAUUACUAUAAAUUAAUGCACAGAAUUGCUGCAGAGUAGAUGCAUGAACUGUUUUUUAUCCAAAAUGAACUCUUUUUCUGUGGUACAGUGCUAGGGUAUAUUCAUCUGCUUGACAUUAAAAGCACUUUACUCGUGAAAUAUUCACGGCAUUGCCCUUAUGUACUUUCACAUGUAGAAUGGAUAUCUUGUAGGCAACCUAAGAUGUAAUGUUUCUUGUAUUUAUUCAGUGGUUUCUAGAGAAGUAUUAAUUGUACAACUAGAUUGAAUCUGGUGCCAUGUGAUUGGGGUGUAUUGAACUGAACUUCUUUGCUAUUUAUUAGAUUUUAUUUGAAUGGAUCUUUUGGUGGUGGACACUACUUCACACACCAGCAAGGUUGCAACAAGAGCUCUAGUUUCCAUUUCACUUUUAUUAAGUAUUCUUCUUAAAAUGAACAUGCUAUUCACUGUAACUGGUUAUGAUAGCUACAGUUUUAUAAUCCAUGAUAGCAUGUGAAUGAUAGGCACAAGUCAGUAAGACUGGUAUUGUGGCGGUACUAGUAAUAGGCAAGCCAAAUCAAUUGAAAAGCUCUGUAUAAAAAAUCUACAAUGGAGAUGAAAUAAAAUGUCUGGUUAAUAAUAUGUAUUGUGCAAACAUAUGUAAAUAUAAACUUGAAUUAAAAUGGGAUUCUACACUCAUUGUUUAUGCUUUGA